AUGAAUCAACAACAGCAGCAGCAACAGCAGCAGCAACAGCAGCAGCAGCAGCAGUACCAGCCCCAGCGGCGGACCGCUAGCUACGCCUCCCACAAUGACGAACUGCACAUGUCGCCCGGCAUGAGCCACACUCACCAAGGCGGCCAGUUGUCUCCCCGCGACUACUCGUCCGCUGGCGGUCCUCACAUCAAACUCGAGCAGGCCUCGCCAAACCAACCUCCCCUACAGUCCUACCAGAGCGCUGGCGCCGUGCCAAAUGUCCUACAGCCCGGCGGCUUGGGCGCCCGUCCGCCCACCAUGUCGUCCAACACUGCGCCAACCCUGCCUACGAUCCAGCAGACAGAAUAUCAAACACCCACCAAGCCGAACGCGCUGAACCUCUCGCACAGCUACUCCCGGUCAAGUCCCGCGGCUCCCUAUGAUGGCGGUUCCGGAUAUCUCCCCUAUACCCCGACCACCCCCGGCGCUAGUAGCGGCGGCGCGUCGCAGUAUAUGUCGCCCACCGAGUCCAAAUACAACACUGGAGGCUCGCAGCGCAACUUCUCCAACACGCCUCUCGGGCUCUCUGAUAUCAGACCACGGGCCGACUCGAAUCUCUCGGAUGGCUUGCCUGGCACGCCCGCAUAUGAGCUGGCAAACGCCCAGCCCCGCACCAGCAAUUACAUGGCGCCUUGGGCCCUCUACGCCUUUGACUGGUGCAAAUGGGCUCCCCAGACGAGUGGCGCCGGGAAACUAGCUAUAGGGAGCUACUUGGAGGACGGUCAUAACUUUAUACAAAUUCUUGAUACCCAACUGACCCCCACGCCGAGCGACGUCUACACGCCUGGCGGGCCCAAGUACACAAUGGAUUUCACCAGGAUCGCCGAGGCCACACACUCGUACCCUGUCACGCGCCUGCUCUGGGAACCCCCUUCCCAGCAGAAGCAGUCGACAGAUCUCUUGGCUACGUCGGGCGACCACCUCCGUCUGUGGUCGCUACCUUCCGACCCGCAAAUGCCCACACCUAGUUCCUCCAUAACAUCAAGGAACGGCCGAGACCAGCCCAUCACGAAACUGACGCCGCUCGCCCUUCUGUCCAACUCCAAGACGCCGGACCACACUGCCCCGCUGACCUCCCUGGACUGGAAUACUGUCACCCCAAGCUUGAUCAUUACCUCGAGUAUUGAUACUACAUGCACGAUCUGGGACAUUCCCUCCUUGACAGCAAAGACGCAGCUUAUUGCCCACGACAAGGAAGUAUACGAUGUGCGAUUCUGCGCCCAGAGCGUCGACCUGUUCGUGAGCUGUGGACAGGACGGCAGCGUUCGCAUGUUUGACCUCCGCAGCCUGGAGCACAGCACCAUCAUCUACGAGCCCACCUCCAAGGAUGAGCGAGAUGCCAAUGGCGGGCGCAUUAGCCCUACUCUGGCGCAGCAGACAAUGUCGCACGCUCCACCGCUGUUGCGCUUAGCAACAUCCCCGCACGACCAUCACUUGCUGGCCACGUUUGCCCAAGACUCAAACGUAAUCAGGAUACUAGAUGUUCGGCAGCCAGGCCAGGCGCUGUUGGAGCUGCGUGGACACAGUGGGGCUUUGAACUGCGUCGAAUGGUCUCCCUCCAGGCGCGGCACACUUGCGUCGGGCGGCGACGACUGCCAGGUUCUCAUUUGGGACUUACUUAACCAGACCUCUGCCAUCAAUGGCGCGACCCCGGCCGAUAGCGCCAGGAGCCCUGUGGCCGCCUGGCAGUGCGACUACGAGGUGGGCAACCUGGGCUGGGUUCCUCACCUGGCUAGCGAGGACUAUGGUGAGUGGUUAGGUGUCAGUGCGGGGCGCGGAGUCUGGGGUGUCCGGCUGUGA